AUGAGGCGCAGGAAGACGGCAGUAGCAGUCGGCUGCUGCCUCGCCUUCCUUCUGGGCACCCUGCUGAACGUCCUCUUCAUCCCCGGCUCCGAGCACCCGCCGCCCCGCGAUGUGGCUCCCCCUUCCCCGCCCGGCUCCCUCCUCGACCCGCCGGAGGAGGAAGGCGGCGGUCGGGCUACCCUGACGCAGCAGAUCCGCGAGCGCUACGAGGAGGUGCUGCACUACCGGCAGCACCGGGCGGCAGCGGGGCGGCGGCCACUACGGCCGCGGGAGCGGCGCCUGAUGGACCUGGCACCGCCGCGCACCUCGGCGGAGCAGCCGGGGCCGCGGGGCCGAGCGGCGGCGGAGCCUCGAGCCGGCGCCUCGGCCGAGCUCUCCCUGGAGCCGCCGCUGCUGGGCUGCCGCGACAUCCGCAAUGUCAGCGGCGUGCAGUACUUGGGCUCGGGGUACACUAAGGCUGUCUACAAGGCGGUCCUCAACCGCACGCUGGCCGUGGCGCUGAAGGCGGUGGAUUUCGGCGGGCACGACAUCGCCCACUGCGUGCGGCAGUUCUCCUCCCUGGGGGACUGCUACCGCCUGGCCGCCUACAAGAUUGUCAAGGAGAUGAUUCUGCUGCAGCGGCUGCGCCACGCCAACGUCCUGCAGCUUUAUGGCUAUUGCUACCAAGAUAGCAAUGACAUCCCAGACACGCUGACAACCAUCACUGAACUAGGGUCGCCUUUAGAGAUGAUUCAGCUUUUACAAACAUCCUGGGAAGAUAGAUUUCGAAUAUGUCUCAGCUUAGUUCGGCUUCUGCAUUACUUGGCUCACUCUCCGCUUGGCUCUGUGACAUUACUGGAUUUUCGCCCUCGGCAGUUUGUGAUUGUGGAUGGGGAACUGAAGGUGACAGAUCUGGAUGAUGCCAGCAUUGAGGAGAGCUCUUGCACCAGUAACAGUGACUGCUUCAUGGAAUUCCCUGCGAGGAACUUCACCCUACCCUGUUCGGUUGAGGGACGGUGUCAGAGUAUGAACGAAAAGAGAAAUCUCUACAAUGCUUACAGGUUUUUUUUUACAUAUCUUCUUCCACACAGUGCUCCAUCCUCACUGAGACCAUUACUGGAUAAGAUAGUCAAUGCAACAGGAGAACUUCACUGGGGAAUAGAUGAGACAGCUGCUCAGCUAGAGAGAGUUUUGAAUCUGUAUAAGAGUGGAGAGUACCUACAGAACACAACCUGGAUGCCGAAAGCUGAGUACAGACGAGUGCCUGAAGCUUUUAUUCCUGAUGAGAACUACAGGUGCUGGCCAUCUUACCAUCAUAAGGGCUGCCUCCUCUCUGUGUUUGACGUCAAUGAAGCCAUUGAGAUCUGUGACAGCUACUCCCAGUGCAAAGCUUUCGUCCUAACUAACCAAACAACUUGGACAGGUCGGCAGCUUGUCUUCUUCAAGAUGGCCUCAAAUCAUAUCAUGCCUGAUCCUGACAAGAUAACAUAUGUGAAGGUGACAGACUGA